AUGAGUAAAGUCAGCGCUUCUGCCGUCAGAGAUAUUGUUAACCAAAUCCAAGCUGCCUCUGCUGAAAAGCAACGCAAGUUCACUGAGACUGUUGAACUCCAAAUUGGUUUGAAGAACUACGAUCCCCAACGUGAUAAGCGUUUCUCUGGUACCAUCAAGCUCCCCAAUGUUGCUCGUCCCCGUAUGACCGUCUGUGUUCUCGGUGAUGCUUUCCAUUGUGAUCAAGCCAAGGGUGCCGGUAUGGAAUUCCAAUCCGUUGAUGAUCUCAAGAAGCUCAACAAGAACAAGAAGCUCAUCAAGAAGCUCGCCAAGAAGUACGAUGCUUUCCUUGCUUCCGAAGCCUUGAUCAAGCAAAUCCCUCGUCUCUUGGGUCCUGGUCUCCACAAGGUCGGUAAGUUCCCUACUCCCGUCUCUCACAACGACUCCUUGACCGAUAAGGCCAACGAGAUCCGUGCCACCAUCAAGUUCCAAUUGAAGAAGGUUCUCUGUCUCGGUGUUGCUGUCGGUCACCUCGAUAUGACUGAAGAUCAAUUGAUUGCCAACAUCAUGUUGUCUGUCAACUUCCUCGUUUCUUUGUUGAAGAAGCACUGGCAAAACGUCAAGUCUUUGUACUUGAAGUCCACCAUGGGUAAGCCUCACCGUCUCUUCUAA